AGCAGAGCCAUCUUGUAUGACAUACAAGAAUGGUAAUGAGUACAUCGCGAUGCCGCCAUAAUUGUUUAUUCACAUUCCCGCGCAUUUCUACACUAAGUAUUUAAAUAAAGUAAACUAAACCUUAAUCUUACUAACGUAAACCACUGAGUGAAAUGUAAUACAGCCCGCCAAAGCUAGUUGUUGUUAUUUUAACUAAUUUUUUUUUUUGUUUUAUCAUUUUUAUGUUAAAUAUUAUUUUUUUUAUAUAUAAUAAUCAAUUCAAUAUUAUAAAUUUGAUAAAUACGUGAUAUUCAUUACGAAUAUAAUAAAUUUAUAACCUAAAAUGGAAGACAGUCCAACAACGUCUCGGAGUAAAAGGAUUAAAGUCGAUAAAUCCAAUCGAAGUGCGGCUUUUCAAAAACUAAAAGAAUUGAAGGGGAGUAAAAAUAAAUAUCAUGUUGGGCAAUUGGAAAAUGUAUAUGAUCAAGUUGACGAAAAAGAAUAUUCAAAGACUGUUGCUGAUCGACAGCAAUCUGAUUGGAUUGUUGAUGACGGUGGUGACGGAUACAUUGAAGAUGGUAGAGAAAUUUUCGAUGACGAUUUAGAUGAUGAAAGUAUUAAAAAAGCAUCAAAACUAAAUUUAUCAGGUCCACGCAAACGCAAGCGAGAAAAAGAGGAUGAAGCUAAAUCAAAAGGCUCCAUUGUAAAUAUGUUUAAAAAAUGUGACAAGAAAAAAGACUCAGUGAAACCGGAAAAUGAAAACCUUUUAUCAGAUAUACUCAACGAAUUUAAGAAGAAUAAAACAUCAUCAGAAACGAAUAAAAGUAUAUCAACAGUUAAUAAAUUUAAAGUUCAGUCUACAAAACCAUCAUCAGUAAAACACCAAGAAAACUUCAAUGGUCUUAUCGAUCAGCCGAAGAAUGUCGAGAAAAUAACAGAAAGUAUUGAUAAUGAUGAUGAUUUGAGUAUAUUUGACGAUAAUUCAACGGCAGCAAAAGUAGAAACUACUGUUAUAAAACCACCCAGUCAAAAGAUAACAGAAAUAAAAGAAAGUAUUGUUACUGAAGACAUCAAUCCUACUCCAGAUGAUUCAAAAGCUAUAAAUGAGAUUAUUAGUAAUUAUGAUGAUAAUGAUUCUAAAGAAAUAAUUGGAUCAAUAAACCAAGAAAAAGUAAAUGAAGAUUAUCGUUUUUUAAUAGAAGAGGAUGGCUUCGAUGAUCUAAUCGAAUCAAUCGACGUAGAGAAAGUGAAUAAAGAUAAUCGCCCUGUAAUAGAAGACGAUGACUUCAGUGAAGUUAUAGCAUCAUUAGACGAGAAAUCAUUAUGGGCAGCAUGGGACGGUGAUACAGAUGAUCCAGUAAAAGAAGCCGCAACAGUUAAAGCAACAUCAUUGUCGUCAUCAGUUACUGACACUAAUGAUCUAUUCAAGUCUGCUAUUUUGAAAAACAAUAACGGUGAUGAUGUUGUUAGAUUUUUUUGGUGGGACGCUGUUGAAAAUCCAUACAAAACUCCGGGUACUGUUAAUUUGUUCGGAAAAAUUUAUAUUGAAUCAUCUAAAAGUUUUGUAUCUUGUUGUUUGACUGUCAAAAAUAUUCCACGCAGACUUUAUGUAUUACCUAGAGAAAAAAUAAUUGACAAUGAAACAAAAGAGGAAAGACUUACAACAAUGAAGGACGUGUAUGAUGAAUUUAAAAAAUUAGCAAACGCUAAUAAAAUAAAUGAGUUUCGUAGUUUAACAACAUCAAAAUCAUAUGCCUUUGAUAGGGUGAAUACACCAUUACAAUCAGAGUAUCUCGAGGUAAGAUAUUCACCAUCAUAUCCUGUAUUGAACUCUAAUUACAGUGGUAAAGCUAUUGAACACAUAUUUGGUACGAGUGUUAAUCCGUUAGAACUGUUCUUAAUCGAAAGAAAAAUCAAAGGACCUAAUUGGCUUGAUAUUAAGUCACCAGUUCCUGUCAAUAAUGGUCCAUCUUGGUGUAAAUUACAAUUAAAUUGUCUUAAAAUGGAAAAUAUAAGUGUUACUGAAAAUGAAAGUAAAUUACAAGUUCCACCCAUUGUCUUAAUGACUAUUGACGUAAGAACAACUUUAAAUUCUCGUAAUAAUGAUACUGAAAUAACAAUGAUUGGUAUUUUAAUGAAUAAUGAUUAUAAUGUUGAUAAACCAUCACCUAAAACAAUAUUCAAUAAAAAUUAUUGUUUAGUUACCCAUCCAAAAGAUACAACAUGGCCAUUAUACGCUCGUGAUAAAUUACAACGUUUUGAUAAAACAACAAAUAUUAUUAUUUGUGAAACAGAAACAGAUGUUUUAGAAAAAUUUUUGGAUAUCAUUAAUGAAACAGAUCCAGAUUUACUUUUAGGAUAUGAUUGUGGUUUUCAAUUUGAUAUUAUUUAUCGACGAUUGGUUACAUUAAAAAUAAAAAAUUUAAGCAGAAUAAGUAAACUUAAACAAAAUAUAGCUGGACAACUUGGUGGUGGUAAUAAUAAUUAUAAAUUACCUCUACCAUCAAUAUUUAGUGGUCGUCCAAUUCUUGACAUUGUUGCAUCAGUUAAAGAAUUAAAUAUUAAAAUACGUAGUUAUGAUCUUGACAGUAUAUGUCAUGCUGUUUUAAAAACUCAAGAAAAUUCUAUUAAAGAAAUAAAACCAUCAGAAUGUAAUAAGUUUUAUGAAACAGCUGAUAAAAUAAUAACACUUGUUAAAGUAACAAUGUCCGAAGCUCUUUAUAUAUCAACAUUGAUAUUUCAAUUAAAUGUUAUACCAUUAUCACUUCAAAUAACUUGUAUUGCUGGUAAUAUAUUAUCAAGAACAUUAUCGGGUGGUCGUGCUGAAAGAAAUGAAUUCUUAUUACUACAUGCAUUUUCUGAAAAGGGAUACAUUACACCAGAUAAAAAAAGUAAAACUAAUAAAGAUACAAAUAAAGUUAGUGAUAAAAUUAGUAAAAAACCUAAAUAUGCGGGUGGGCUUGUGUUAGAUCCUAAACGAGGAUUUUAUGAUAAAUUUAUAUUAUUAAUGGAUUUUAAUUCACUGUAUCCCAGUAUUAUUCAAGAAUAUAAUUUAUGUUUCACAACAUUAAAAAAUAUUUGUAACAUAAAUCUUGAAGAAAUUGAUGAUCUUAAUGAUAGUCUACCGAAACCAGAUUCUGAAACAGGAGUUGUUCCAACAGAAAUACGUAAGCUUGUUGAAAGUCGGCGUCAAGUUAAAAAUUUAAUGAAACAACAUAAUUUGAGUCCUGAAUUGAAAAUGAAUUACAACAUUCGUCAAUUGGCGUUAAAAUUAACAGCUAAUUCAAUGUAUGGUUGUCUUGGAGCAACGCAUUCACGUUUUUAUGCAAAAACAUUUGCUGCUAUUAUAACUUUUAAAGGACGUGAAAUACUUGAACAUACUAAACAUCUUGUUGAAAAUUUAAAAUAUGAAGUUAUAUAUGGUGAUACAGAUUCAUUAAUGAUUAACAGUGAAUGUUUAGAUUAUGAUAAAGCGUUUGAAAUUGCUAAAAAUAUUAAAAGUGAAGUUAAUAAACAUUACAAAAUGCUUGAGCUUGAUAUUGAUGGAGUAUUUAAAUAUUUAUUACUCUUACACAAGAAGAAAUAUGCUGCUAUUACAAUUACUAAACUACCCAAUGGUCAAUUUGAUUUUAUUAAAGAAUAUAAAGGAUUAGAUAUUGUAAGAAGAGAUUGGUGUCAACUUGCUUGUGAUGCUGGGAAAAAAAUUUUGGAUAUUAUUUUCAUGGAUUGCAUUGAAGAAGAAAAACUAUUUAAAAUUGGUGAAACUCUAGAAGAGAUUUCAUGUAGUGUUCGUAACAAUACAUUACCACUCUCAUCAUUUGUUUUAACUAAACAAUUAUCAAAAAAUCCAAACGAGUAUCCGAUCAAAACUACGAAUCACGUAGCGAUUGCUUUAAGAAUGAAUAAAACUGGUGGACGUAUGUGGAAAUCUGGUGAUACUAUUUCAUUCUUAGUAUGUGCUGAUGGUAGUAAAAAUAGUUCAAAUGAACGUAGUUAUCAUAUUGAUGAAUUUAAAAAAAAUCGUAAUUUAUCAAUCGAUUCUGAUUAUUAUUUAAAUGGUCAAGUUUAUCAGGUAGUACAGCGUAUUUGUAAUCCAAUUGAGAUGAUCACCGAAAUAUUUUUAAUAGAUAAGUUAGGUAUACGACACCUUCACAAGGAAAAAUUUAAAUCAGCCAAUUCUCAUUCUUCACGUCAUUACGAAACUUCGGAUGAAUCACGUGUAAGUAAGUGUUAUCUUACAGUUAGUAGAAAAAAAUAUAAAAAUUGUAUUCCUCUUCUUUUGUACUGUUUGGAAUGUGAAGCGUAUCGUUCAAUUGAUGACAUUUCAUACCCAUAUGAAGAUGAUGGUCGCAAACUAUCUUUGGCUAAAUGUAUUCAGAAAGAUUGUGAAUUUAUUCCUUUUAAAUAUUCAUUUAUUAUUUUCAAUGCUAUAAUUCAGAGUAUUCGUAAAGUUAUUCAGCAUUACUAUCAACAAAGUUUUAUUUGCUGUAACAAGCAAUGUCGAAAAAUUCAAAGAAAAAUUUUUAUCAGUGGACCACGACAAUUACCAGUAUGUUUUUAUUGCGGACAUGCUUAUAUAAAAAAAACUGUUACCGAUAAACUCGUUGCAAGAUCUAUCGAUUUGUAUCGACAAAUUUUAAAUGUUGCACAAAUUCCUGAAAGUGAGUUACCUCCAUAUAUAUUAAAUCAAAAAGAAAUGUUUGAUGUCUACAAAACGAGUACAGAAAUUGUCGACAAUUAUGUUGAAAGAAGUCGUUAUUCUAAAAUCGCUAUUAUUCAAUUAUUCCAUUCGGCUAUUGAAAAAGAAAAAAAAACCAACCAGCGUAAGAAAAAAAAACCAACUAAAACUUUUAAUAUUACGGAAGUGGAAAAUGUUAGUGAUGAAAAAAGUUCAAAGUAUGAAAAUUAUUUCGAAACGAGUAAACAAGAUGAUUUUUACCGUAAAGUUGUAUUUUGGUAAAUUACAAACAGUAACCAAAUGUAUUCAAAACAGAUAGAUUAAUUUUUAAAACAUUUAAUUAUAAUUUUAUACGAAUAAGUUUCUUAUUUUAUUUACUGAAUAAAAUAUUUCAAUAAU